AUGGUCAUGCAAUAUGGUAAGCAAAUUAUUAAUUUAUGCAAUAUCACAUCAAAUCAAGUUGCAGAAGAUAUUGCAGGUUAUACCAUGGAAUUUGUAACAUCAGAUUCCUUCAUUCAAUUCACUAUAAUUAGAUCAAAUAAUCAAUCAGAAAGUAACGGUUUUGCACUAAAUUGUCACUUUUCAUCAUCUAAUGAACAAAUCUCGGUAUUAUCAUGCAAUUAUAUUGAAAACAGAGAUUCCAGUGGUGAAGGAAAUUUAAUAUAUGUAGAUUUUGAAUCAAAACUUUAUAUGUUUGGAUGCUGCAUUGUGAGAAAUGAAGUUAAAUAUGUCAUUUACAAUGAAGGUUCAGUUGUUGUUAAUAAUUCAUAUACAGAUAACUAUCAAACUUUAAACUCAGUUGAAUUUACAAAAACUAUUUCAAAUGCAGACUGCAAACAUUUUAUAGUUGAAUUCAUCAAUAAUGCGAACAAAGAAGAUAAUGAGGAUGAUGAUUCAUUUUUUAUCGAAAAAAUCAAACAGAACGUUCGAUAUCUUGAUAACCGACCAAAAAUCAUAUAUUUCGUUCUAAAAUAA